ACCCCUAGAUAAAUGGCCACCACGUGGCACGUGGCAGUAAAAUAAAUUGAUUUGACAUCGGAACGACAACGAAGUUCUUUUAGGCAUGACCACCUUCCUUUGUGGCAAAAAAAUAUAAUUUUUCCCGUUUUUGCCAUUUUUAUGUUCAUUAUUUAAUCGAUUAGAGAGUAAUAGGAAAGAUGGAGGACAAUCACUACACAGAACUCUUAAUGGAGUUAGAAUGCCCCAUUUGUACCAACUAUAUGUCCCCGCCGAUACGACAAUGUGCUACUGGUCACAGUAUUUGUGAAGAUUGCCGGAGAAGACUACCAAACUGUGCUUUAUGCCAGGGGGUAUUUACAGAGUCUAGAAACAUUUCCCUGGAAGGACUGGCAGUAAAAAUGCGUUAUCCCUGCAUAAAUAAAAGUUCUGGAUGCAAUUUGAAACUUGCAUAUAACGAGAGAGAAAUCCAUGAAUCACGGUGCAUGUUUAAAGGGUACAAGUGUGCGAUGGAGAAUUGCCCUUGGGUCGGGAAACUCGAAGAUAUUUCUGAACACUGGACAUCAAAGAAGAUAACCAGCAAGCCUUUCCAGGCAAGUAACGUCUGUCACACUAAGAUAAAGUCAGAAUCUUACUACGUUAAUAUCGUCGAAGCAUGCAAUCGUUUAUUUUGGUUCAAGUGCAAGGUGAGCAAAAAGAAGCUGUUCUGGGUGGUACAGUACAUCGGAAAGUCUUCAGACGCUGAAAAUUACUGGUAUGAAAUUGACAUUUUCAAGCCUGACCGUCCCAAACGUAAAAUAUUACUAACUAAUUACUGUAAGCCGGUAGAUAUAGAAAAUUCACUGUUAUAUGAGAGCGCCAUUUCUUUGCCUUCUGAUAUGGUUGAACCUUUUCUUGGAGAUGACCAAUUGCUUGCUUAUAAUAUGAGGGUGCAUGUUGUUAAGGGACAUAAAGCGGAACCAGAAUCGAGCGGUGUAACUGCCCCAGUACAAAAACAGAAGGAUAUACCAAAGGGACCGCAAAAUAAAAAAAAGGAUAAACCGAAGAAGGAAGGAAAACAGGAUGAAAAAAAAGGCUCCAAAGGUUUUGUUGUUUAAUGUUUGACAAUAUAAAAAUAAUAUUUUAUGAUAUGAAUUUCCAAAUUAGAAGCAUUCCUACAAUAAUGGUUGUAUUGCUUAUUUGCAUUUAUUAGGUUUAAGUAUUUUGUAGUAACAUUAGUUGAAUAAAUACAAUUUUUUAGUAAU